AUGGACACGAAAAAAGUCCACGAAACAGAACACGAGCACGACGUGCAAAUCAAAAUUUGGGAUUGCGCGUUGGCAAUCAUCCCACUAGCCGUGGUGAAAUGCGCGAUCGAGCUUCGAAUUGCUGACGUCAUCGAAACCCAUGGUGGGUCCAUGACGAGCGUCGCACUUUCCGAGGCCCUCGGCUGCUGUCCCUCCAUCCUCCAUCGCAUAAUGCGGUACCUAAUGCACCUCGGUUUUUUCAAAAAGACGAAAAUACCCCUGGAGCCCUCCGGUUCUUACACCCACACCCCCUUGUCUCGGGCCCUUUUGAGGAAUACAGAGGACAGCAUGGCGGCUCUUGUCCUGCUCGAGAGUAGCCCGGUUAUGCUCGGCCCGUGGCAAAAUAUUGGGUCGCAGGCCUUGAUAAACGGGCCUUCGGCCUUUAAGGUUGCCAAUGGGGAGGAUUUGUGGGAAUACGCAUCGGCAAAUCCUGUUCAUAGCAAGCUGAUUAAUGAUGCGAUGGCGUGUCGGGCGAGGGUUGACGUGUCGUCCAUCGUCCGUUGUUAUCCGGAGACGUUCGGGGGAAUUGGGUCGUUGGUGGAUGUUGGAGGUGGCGACGGGACGACCCUCCGGACGUUGGUCAAGGCGUGCCCGUGGGUCCGUGGGAUCAACUUUGACCUCCCGCACGUCGUGUCUGUCGCGCCGUGUAUUGAAGGAAUCAAGCAUGUUGCCGGUAAUAUGUUUGAAAGCGUUCCGAAGGCCGAUGCAGUUUUUCUCAUGUCGGUGUUGCAUGAUUGGAGCGACGAAGAUUGUAUCCACAUAAUGAGAAAAUGUCGGGAAGCGAUUCCAAGGGAGACGGGUAAAGUCAUCAUAGCUGAAGCAGUUAUAGUCGAAGGUGAAGAGGAUAAGUACACCAAUAUCCGACUGGGGCUCGACUUGGUGAUGUUGGCUCACACGGGGAAAGGGAAAGAGAGGACUGUCGAGGAAUGGGAAUACGUGGUGAGUGAGGCUGGGUUCGCCAAGUGCACCGUGAAGCACAUUGAUGCGCCUAUAUCGGUGAUUGAGGCUUAUCCAUGA